AUGCCAAAUGAAACCCCUUCUUUGGUCACAUUGGCCGAUCGUAUCCUCAUUCCAGCUGUCUCUCUUACUGAACUACCUGACUUGACUAUCGAACCUUCAAAGGUUCAAGAACUAAUCUUGGAUUAUAUCUCAGAGCAAGAUUGUCCUGGCGCACUUGCUCAUCUUCAAAGGGAGUUGGGCAGAUCUACUCGUCGACCCCAUUGUGCUCAUUCCGCUUCCCGUCUAGUUCAAUUGGUUGCCAAAGGCUUGCUCUAUGAAAAGAAUACCCCUAGACUUGAUAGUAUCUUGCAAGGAUGUAAUUCGAUCAUGAGAUCGCUCGAAAAUGAAUCUCAGGCCAAUCAAGCAACGGUUGUCUCUUCAGGACUUGAAGACCAACAACAAUCGACCUCACAUCCCCCGCUGAACUCGCAUUCUCAAGCUAGACAUUCCUCUGUUUCACAAACCCAACUUCAUAACCCUGAUUCCUAUCUCCCUCAGCUCGCGCUGCAUCAUCAUGCGGAUCAUUCAACGGAACCGGAAAGAGGUCGAACGAGUCAAUGUGGCUCGAAGCUCGAACAACCGUCUGUUCAUAAAGCUGGAGUGUGCAACGUACUGCUUCCACCUUUCUCGGCUUCAACGUGCGGCCCACAAGCAGGUUCAUCGAGCUUGUCCGCAUCAGGACUCUUCUUGGGGCAGAACUAUCAUGAUCAUUUGAUCCACUCUACUGCCAAUAGGGAUUUUAGAUCUUAUCCUCGAGCUAGUGCCAGUCUUGGUGAUGCACCUCAUACUUUCAUGCACUUCACAGCCUCUCCGACGCUUGGGCCGACUCCAUGUUUACUCAACUCUAACACCAAUUCAAUCAUCACAGCCCAGCCGCUUGACAAAGACUCUCAUUCAAGUACUCUACCGUCCAAGUCGCAACCCAAUCUCGAUGGCUCACCGUCCCCUCGACAUACGUUCAUGAUGACUCAUGAACAUAAAGCUAACCAGGCCCAAGCAAACUCUCAUGUUCUUUUACCUUGCACAGACCCACUGGACCCAUCAACGCUACAAUCGGGUCUACGCGGCAGAUGGCACACCAUCGGAGACACCGAUGAAAUUAUGUGCUUGGAUACAGAUGGCUGUCCGGCACCUGAACUCAUCUCUGCCCCUGUAUCAAAUGCGCACCAUUCCAGACGGAACGAUGCGCCAGAUAUCAAACCAAAUUUGUCCGAGAGAUACGGGCAUGAAUCCGCUGUUCCCGAUAGUACACUUACUCAUCGAUCCCCAAUAAGAAGCUCAACAAAACGAUCAAGAGCGAUUCCCUCCGCUCGACCCUCGCCGCCUAUCAAAAGAGCGCGCCCCGAUGUGGCUUCGCCUCCAGGAAAGGGACCGUCAAACCCCACUUCGCCUCAUCGGUCCUUGUUGCCAUCUCCAACCAAUGUUAUGUUAUACGAUAUUUCUGAUGCCGACCUCCCUGGAACUCCCCCGGAAGUAUCUCCUCAUAUCAGUUGGCAGGCCACUCCUGACCUACCCAAAGGUAACGUAAGCGCUCAGAAUUGUGAUGAUGCACAUACUGAGAAUAAGUUCAUGGACCCCGAACCUCCGAGAGAUUUGAGUGAUGUUGGAACUCCUCGCGGCUCUCCUUCCUCUGCGAUUGAACUUAACAUCCCAGCAGAAGCGCCACUCGCGUCGCCAUCCAAGGUACUCACACCUCCGGUGAUGAUCACUGAGGACCACAGUGACUCGGCUCUCACUGGCACUCUAGCAGAAUUGCAUUCAAGUACACUUUUGGGACCGCAGACUCAUACUUUCACAACAUUGUGCGACAGUGGGCGAAAUGCUACGAACCAAGAAACAACAUCGACAAGUCAGGUUUUGCAACCGAAUAUGGCUUCAGAAUCGUCGAAGCCGUCAGCCUGUGCGAUUGAGAAAGAACUCCGCGCCAAACUCAUCGCCAGCCGUAAACCCCGACCAGCUGUGGCACCCGUUGCACCUGUGGCACCCGUUGCACCUGUGGCACCCGUCGCACCGGUUGCCCCUGUGCCUCCCCAAGUCCUCGGCCUCCAGGUGCCUUCGGCCGAGCCGCCACCUCUGCCAUCGUUAAGCCUGGAACAAAACCUCAAGGCUCAUCUUAAAAGUCGUCAAGGUGCCUCUCCAGCCAGUCAAUCUCAGGCUGGUGCAACUGAGGAGCUCGAAGAUGGACAGAUUAGUACGCCGCCGCCAGAAGAAAAUCCUAGUCGACCAAAACUUCCACCACCAACAAUCAAGCAUCCUUUGCCUCCGAAGCCCGAUUUUUUGUCGUCGAGUUCUAAUUAUCAACAUAAGACCAAUCUCAACCCAGCUGCUUGCUUUUUACCCCCUCUCCCCGUUCCUUCUGCUUUGGACGGUGCCCUUCCUCAUCAAAAUGGUGUUUCAAUAUUCAAUUUUCCCACCCCUCAACCUAUGAGAUCGUGCAACCCCACUGUAGUGCAAAACCCUCAAUUGGGGCCUACACCUUCCGUCAUUACCCAACCAACCAAAGUAACUCAUAUCUCCCCUUUGCCCACGAAGGUAUCACAAAACGGGCAAACACACCUGACCCUGAAGGAGCGAGAAGCUCAAUUACAGGUUGAUAUAGCGCAGAAGCGGGCGGAUAUAGCAAGCCGCCAAGUCCAGCGGUCGACAUCAAGCCAAGGCUCCUUGGGGCAGAAUGGCGCGUCUGCGCCCACCUCAAGCUCAAGUCAUUCAUUUACGCAAAACCUACCCAAGAGUCCAGUCUUUGACUGCGCUAAAAGGCAUGAUCGUCCAUCCGCCUUGGACACAUUCAACCUAUCUCAAACUGGCUUUGAGAGUCCCAUCAGCGGAUCUUCGGCCAAUUUCACUCAACCGCCUGAGUGUCUUGUCAAUGUCCCCGCCCCGAGGCAUGUCGACGACUUCCUUACAAGUUUACAAGAGCAGCUCGAUACAAGUGUGAAGCAAUCCGAGACUAUUCACUCCACUUCUGUCCUCAAAUCUGUCUCGGAAGACUCUCUGCGCUCAUCACUGUCACUCACAGUCCAUCAAGUGUCGCAAGCACAGAAAAGUGAAUCCGACUUUGAUACUUUGCGGCAAAGUUCAACAAAUUUUCAGAUUACAAAUACCUCGUCAAAUCUGUCAACUCGACCUUCAGCUUCACAAGCUAUCAAGAUGCGCUCCUCGACCCAUUGGAAUCUCGAUAGAUCAUAUGGAGUAGAAGCACAUACUCUGUCUCCCUCUGAAUCCGCUGUAAGUAGCGCAGAGAGCAGCGUGGAAAUCUUCCUUGCCGAUAAUCCGGAGGAGAUUGUCAGUAUCGAUGCCACUGCGCCCGAGUCAGGUUCGUACUUGCGAGAUGAACGCUCAGCUCAAUUGGUGGACCAUUCAUCUACGAUACCUUUGCUUUCGAAAGGUCCAUCAGACCAUCCGGUUUGCAAAGCUGGGCCACAGUGUGAAGAUCGUAAUUGCAUUGUAGGACAUUGUAGUUCUGCCGCUCAGCAUGGUGCACUGACUGCAUGCUAUCGUGCUUCGGAUUGUCGAGAUGCUUCUUGUCCGAAAAUCCAUUCUCGAGUUCCAACGCCCGCGCCAACAACUACCACCAAUCAAUCGAAUACUUGUUGGAAUACCCAACUUUGUCGUUGUAGGCGAAAUAGUCAACUCGAUUUUACGAUAUGCAAUGCCUGCGCCAAGAUUGUCAUUUUACAACUCUCAGCCUCAUCGAAGCUCCCUGCUUCACUUCCCAAAGGAGAAUUGACGUCGCAUGCAUCGAAGAUCUCCGCAAGCAUACCGAUAAUUGCUCCUCAUUCAACGUAUGAUGGAGAUACUGUUCGAACGGCAUCCAAUCAUUCACUGCGCCAUGGGCCUUCUCCGGCUCCCGAUAAAUCACAAGAAUUGAUUGCCUCCACCAGUUCAACAACCCCGUCGUACAGCUUACGUGAAACACGCCCUGCGGCUCUUCAAGUCACUUUGAAUGGCAACCUGACUAUGCAACCCUUCCCAACAACUGGUAGCCCCCUGGUCGACAAUGCUUUGGCUUCCCAUUCGCACUCCUCAACCUCAAGCGGUCCUUGGUCGGUUGCCGAUCAGCUGGAACAAUACGCUAAUCCAGCUCGUGGACUGCGGGAUUGGGCAAGACAAUCAGACGACUCAAUUUUACACAUGUCACCCCGUAUCUCAUCGCCAAUGCUUCUUCCUGAUCAUAAUGUCCCCCUUUCAUCUUCCAUGAAUCAUUUCUCUCCCAUUUAUCCUCCUUACUCACCGCAAUGCUUCGAAUUGGCCAGACCUGUACCACUACCACCUCGCCCAUCACAUUCUGCCUUCCUAUCUUUUGAUGAUGCUGAUGCUACGUCCCUUCCAACAGUACCUUUGCCUUCUAGUACCUCUGGCUUAUCACCUCAUCCAUCUUCUUCAACUUUUCCACAACUCUUGCCUUCUGAUCCUCCAACCCAACCUAUCAUCUCCCCCACCCAUAAUGACAAUCAUAAACGCAGCGAUCCCCAUCCAACCCGCUCGCUUCCGACAGGCCCCUCCUCACGUCCAAUCCCAUCGGUAACCAAUCCGGUACGAGAGGAGAGGAGAACAAAGAGCGGCAAACCGCGCAAUCCAUCAAAUCCAAAUAAUCUCUUAGUGCCACCAAUUCUCAAUGACUUAUUGCUUGGCGUGAAGAAAGUAGGUCAACAACAAAUCCAAUCCGAUCUGGAUUUGAUGAAGCGACGGGAUCCAAGUGGUGAAAAAAGUGAACAGAUUGGCAAGUGA